CUAAGCAGAAAAGAAUAGCAUCCUGAAGCGUAAGACCACUUCUUCCGUGAAGAGUUUUGGGCCCUGCGAGGCCCCGUCUGCUGUCGCAUUCGCACCGGAGACAUCUGUGGAGACGCCGGGAACUCGUGGCGGCGUGGAUGCACACUGCUAAAUAGUACCAGCAUGGGCGAGCAUGGUCUGGAAUUGGCCUCCAUGAUUCCCGCUCUGCGGGAGCUGGGCAGUGCCAGUCCAGAGGAAUAUAAUACAGUCGUACAGAAGCCAAGACAAAUUCUGUGUCAGUUCAUUGACCGAAUACUUACAGAUGUAAACGUUGUUGCUCUAGAACUUGUAAAAAAAACUGACUCUCAGCCAACCUCUGUGAUGUUGCUUGAUUUCAUCCAGCAUAUCAUGAAAUCUUCCCCACUUAUGUUUGUAAAUGGGAAUGGGAGCCAGGGGCAAAAUGAGGCCAAACAUAGCUGUAUUGAAUUCAGUAAUUGGAUCAUAACAAGACUUUUGCGGAUUGCAGCAACUCCAUCCUGUUACAUGUUGCAUAGGAAAAUCUCUGAAGUUAUCUGCUCAUUAUUAUUUCUUUUUAAAAGCAAGAGUCCUGCUAUUUUUGGAGUAUUCACAAAGGAAUUAUUAUGUCUUUUUGAAGACUUGAUUUACCUCCACAGAAGAAAUGCAAUGGGAGAUAUUAUGGAAUGGCCAGUGGUUGUGAACAAAUUUUUAAGCCACUUAGAUAAACACUUAGGAUGUCUACAGCCAGCUCCUUUGCAGUUCAUGAACAUGCAAAGUUUAGAAUUUGUUGAAGUCACCUUAUUAAUGGUUCUUAUUCGCAUUAUUACAACUGUGUUUUUUAGAAGGCAAGAACUCAUACUUUGGAGGAUAGGUUGUGGUUUCCUAGAGUAUGGUAAUACAAAAAUUAAAUCAUUAGCAAUUAGCCUUUUAACUGAACUCUUUGAACUUGGAGGACUACCAGCACAACCAGCCAGCGUUUUCUUCAACUCUUUUGUAGAAUUGUUAAAGCACCUAGUAGAAAUGGACACUGACCAGUUGAAAUUAUAUGAAGAGCCACUAUCAAAGCUAAUAAAGACAAUAUUCCCCUUUGAAGCAGAAGUUUAUAAAAAUAUUGAACCUGUCUAUUUAAAUAUGCUGCUGGAAAAACUGUGUGUCAUGUUUGAAGAUGGUGUGCUUCUGCAGCUCAAGUCUGAUUUGCUAAAAGCAGCGUUGUGUCAUUUACUGCAAUAUUUCCUUAAAUUUGUGCCAGCUGAGUAUGAAUCUGCCUUACAAGUCAGGAAAGUCUAUGUGAGAAAUAUUUGUAGAGCUAUUGUGGAUGUUCUUGGAGUUCAGGUAAAUACAGAGUACUUGUUGGACCCACUUUACACAGCGUUGAAAAUGGAAAGUAUGGAAAUCAUUGAAGAACUUUACUGCCACAUUCCACAGGAAAACCUUAGCAGUAAUAGUGAUGAAGUAUCCCCCAAAAGACGUAGACUCAGCUCCUCUCUAAACUCUUCCAGAAGAGCAUCAAAACAGUCUGAAGAAAUUAUAAACGUGGAUAUGAGCAAAAAGAACAUAAUAUGGAGUGCCCUGAGACAGAAAGCUGAAUCCCUUCAGCUUUCCCUUGAAUCUAGCAGUUUAAAGAAACCUGUAAUUGAGACUCUAGAAGGAAUUGCUGUUAUCUUACAACUGACUGCUUUGUGUACAGUUCACUGUUCUCAUCAAAGGCUGAACUGCCAUAAUUUCAAGGAUUGUCAACACACAUCUAAGAAGAAACCUUCAAUAGCGAUAACUUGGAUGUCUUUGAAUUUUUAUACAAAAGUACUUACCACCUGUAGGAAUUUGUUAGAAUCUGUUCAGAAACCUGAGCUAGAGGCAGUCAUUGAUAAUGUGGUGAAGAUUUAUGAUGCUUUGAUUUAUAUGCAAGUAAAAAGUUCAUUUGAAGAUCAUAUUCUGGAAGAUUUGUGUGGAAUGCUGUCACUUCCAUGGAUUUAUUCCCAUUCUGAUGAUGACUCUUUAAAGUUGACCACAUUUGCCAAUAACCUGCUAACACUAAGCCAGAAGACUUUAGAUAGCUACUCACCACAGGCACAGUCACGAUGUGUGUUUCUUCUAACUCUGUUUCCAAGAAGAAUAUUCCUUAAAUGGAGAACAGCAGUGUACAACUGGGCCCUGGAGAGCUCCCAUGAAGUAAUACGGGCUAGUUGUGUUAACGGAUUUUUUAUCUUAUUGCAGCAGGAAAAUUCUUGUAACACAGUUCCCAAGAUCCUUAUAGAUAAAGUCAAAGAUGAUUCUGACAUCGUCAAGAAAGAGUUUGCUUCUAUUCUUGGUCAACUUGUCUGUAUUCUUGAUGGCCAGUUUUAUCUGACAAGUUCUUCAGUGGAACCUUUCUCUGAACAUGGACAUGUAGACCUCUUCUGUAAGACCGUAAAAGCCACUUCUCAACACUCAUGUGCAUCUUCUCAACUGAAAGCUUCUAUUUGUAAGCAGUUUCUUUUCCUACUGGAAAAAAAGAUAUCUAGUCCAGUAAAACUUGCUUUCAUCGACAAUCUGCAUCAUCUUUGUAAGCAUCUUGAUUUCAGAGAAGAUGAAACAGAUGUAAAAGCAGUUCUUGGAACUUUAUUAAAUUUAAUGGAAGAUCCAGACAAGGAUGUUAGAGUGGCUUUUAGUGGAAAUAUCAAAUAUAUAUUGGAAUGCUUGGAUUCUGAAGAUGGAUUUAUAAAAGAGCUUUUUGUCUUAAGAAUGAAGGAAGCAUAUACAAAUGCCCAAAUAUCAAGAAAUAAUGAGUUGAAGGAUACCUUGAUUCUUACAACAGGUGAUAUUGGAAGGGCAGCAAAAGGGGAUUUGGUACCUUUCGCUCUCUUGCACCUGUUGCAUUGUUUGUUAUCCAAAUCAGCGUCUGUCUCUGGAGCAGCAUACACAGAAAUUAGAGCACUGGCUGCAGCUAAAAGUGUUAAAUUACAAAAUUUUUUCAGUCAGUAUAAAAAACCGAUUUGUCAGUUUUUGGUAGAAUCCCUCCAUUCCAGUCAGAUGACAGCACUUCCAAGUAUUACUUACCAGAGUGCUGAGAUGCGAAAACAAGACAUAGCUCACCAGAGAGAAAUGACUUUAAAUACUUUGUCUGAAAUUGCCAACGUUUUUGAUUUUCCUGACCUCAAUCGUUUCCUUACUAGGACAUUACAAGUUCUAUUGCCUGAUCUUGCUGCCAAAGCAAGUCCUGCAGCUUCUGCUCUCAUUCGAACUUUAGGAAAACAAUUAAAUGUCAGUCGUAGAGAGAUCUUGAUAAAUAACUUCAAAUACAUUUUUUCUCAUUUGGUUUGUUCCUGUUCCAAAGAUGAAUUAGAACGUGCCCUUCAUUAUCUAAAGAAUGAAACAGAAAUUGAACUGGGAAGCCUAUUGAGACAGGAUUUCCAAGGAUUGCAUAAUGAAUUACUACUGCGUAUUGGAGAACAUUAUCAACAAGUUUUCAAUGGUUUGUCAAUACUUGCCUCAUUUGCAUCUAGUGAUGAUCCAUAUCAGGGUCCAAGAGAGAUCACAUCACCUGAACUGAUGGCUGACUAUUUGCAACCUAAAUUAUUGGGCAUUUUGGCUUUUUUCAACAUGCAGUUACUGAGCUCUAGUGUUGGAAUUGAAGAUAAGAAAAUGGCCUUAAAUAGUUUGAUGUCUUUGAUGACGUUGAUGGGCCCCAAACAUGUCAGCGCUGUGAGGGUGAAAAUGAUGACAACAUUGAGAACUGGACUUCGAUUCAAGGAUGAGUUUCCUGAAUUGUGUUGCAGAGCUUGGGACUGCUUUGUUCGCUGCCUGGAUCAUGCUUGUCUAGGAUCCCUUCUCAGUCAUGUAAUAGUCGCUUUGUUACCACUCAUACAUAUCCAGCCUAUAGAAACUGCAGCUAUCUUUCACUACCUCAUCAUUGAAAACAGGGAUGCUGUGCAAGAUUUUCUUCAUGAAAUAUAUUUUUUACCUGAUCAUCCAGAAUUAAAAAAGAUAAAAGCAGUUCUCCUGGAAUACAGAAAGGAAACAUCUGAGAGUACUGGUCUUCAAACAACUCUUCAGCUAUCCAUGAAAGCAAUUCAACAUGAAAAUGUAGAUGUUCGUAUUCAUGCCCUUACCAGCCUUAAAGAAAUUUUGUAUAAAAAUCAGGAAAAACUGAUAAAAUACGCAACUGAUAGUGAAACAGUAGAACCUGUUAUCUCACAGUUGGUGACAGUACUUUUGAAAGGUUGUCAAGAUGCAAACUCUCAAGCUCGCUUACUCUGUGGAGAAUGUUUAGGGGAGUUGGGAGCAAUAGAUCCAGGUCGAUUAGAUUUCUCAACAACUGAAACCCAAGGAAAAGACUUUACAUUUGUGGCUGGAGUAGAAGAUUUAAAUUUUGCAUAUGGGUUAUUGAUGGAGUUAACAAGAGCUUACCUUGCAUAUGCAGAUAACAGCCGAGCUCAAGAUUCAGCUGCUUAUGCCAUUCAGGAGUUACUUUCUAUUUAUGACUGUAGAGAGAUGCAGAAUAAUGGCCCAGGUCACCAGUUGUGGAAGAGAUUUCCUGAGCAUGUUCGGGAAAUAUUAGAACCUCAUCUAAAUACUAGAUACAAGAGUUCGCAGAAGUCAACAGAUUGGUCUCAAGUAAAGAAGCCAAUUUACUUAAGUAAACUAGGUAAUAACUUCGCAGAAUGGUCAGCGUCUUGGGCAGGUUAUCUUAUAACAAAGGUUAGGCAUGAUCUUGCCAGUAAAAUCUUCACCUGCUGUAGCAUAAUGAUGAAGCAUGAUUUCAAGGUGACCAUCUAUCUGCUUCCACAUAUUCUAGUGUAUGUCUUGUUGGGUGGUAAUCAGGAAGACCAGCAAGAGGUUUAUGCAGAAAUUAUGGCAGUUUUAGAACAUGAUGACCAGCAUACCAUAAGUAGCCAAGACAGUGCAUCUGAUCUGUCUCAGCUUAGUACACAAACUGUGUUCUCCAUGCUUGACCAUCUCACGCAAUGGGCAAGGAACAAGUUUCAGGUCCUGAAUGCCGAGAAACUUCCACAGAAUAGAUCGAACAGAGAUAAGGUCAGCUCUAAGGUAUCAUCUGUGAAUUUUGAAGACUAUCAGAGUGUAACUCACUUUCUAGACCUCAUACCUCAAGAUACUCUGGCAGUAGCUUCCUUUCGUUCCAAAGCAUACACACGGGCCGUAAUGCACUUUGAAUCAUUUAUUAUAGAAAAGAAGCAAAAUAUUCAAGAGCAUCUUGGAUUUUUACAGAAAUUGUAUGGUGCUAUGCAUGAACCAGAUGGGGUGGCUGGAGUGAGUGCAAUUCGAAAAGCGGAACCAUCUCUGAAAGAACAAAUCCUUGAACAUGAAAGCAUUGGUUUGCUGAGGGAUGCCACUGCUUGUUAUGACAGGGCUAUUCAGCUGGAACCAGACCAGAUCAUUCAUUAUCAUGGUGUAGUGAAGUCAAUGUUAGGUCUUGGUCAGCUUUCUACUGUAAUCACUCAGGUGAAUGGAGUGCAUGCUAACAGGUCUGAAUGGACAGAUGAACUAAAUACAUACAGAGUGGAAGCAGCUUGGAAAUUGUCACAGUGGGAUUUGGUGGAAAACUAUUUGGCAGCAGAUGGAAAAUCUACAUCAUGGAGUGUCAGACUGGGACAGCUACUAUUAUCAGCCAAAAAAAGAGAUACCACAACUUUUUAUGACACAUUGAAACUGGUGAGAGCAGAGCAAAUUGUACCUCUUUCAGCUGCAAGCUUUGAAAGAGGCUCUUACCAACGAGGAUAUGAAUAUAUUGUGAGAUUGCACAUGUUGUGCGAAUUGGAGCAUAGCAUCAGACCACUGUUUCACCAGUCUCCAGGUGAUAGUUUUCAAGAAGAUUCUCUAAACUGGGCAGCUCGACUAGAAAUGACCCAGAAUUCCUAUAGAGCUAAGGAACCCAUCCUCGCUCUCAGAAGGGCUUUACUAAGCCUCAACAAAAGACCAGAUAACAGUGAAAUGAUUGGAGAAUGCUGGCUACAGAGUGCCAGAGUAGCUAGAAAGGCAGGUCACCACCAAACAGCCUAUAAUGCUCUCCUCAACGCAGGAGAAUCACGACUUGCCGAACUGUGUGUGGAAAGGGCAAAGUGGCUCUGGUCCAAGGGUGAUGUUCACCAAGCACUUAUUGUUCUUCAAAAAGGUGUUGAAUUAUAUUUCCCUGAAAAUAAAACCCCAACUGAGAGUAAGAACAUGUUAAUCCUUGGUCGAGCUACACUAUUAGUGGGCCGAUUCAUGGAAGAAACUGCUAACUUUGAAAGCAAUGCAAUUAUGAAAAAAUACAAGGAUGUCAUCUUGUUCCUACCAGAGUGGGAAGAUGGACAUUUUUACCUUGCUAAGUACUAUGACAAAUUGAUGCCCAUGGUAACAGACAACAAAAUGGAAAAGCAAGGUGAUCUCAUCAGGUAUAUAGUUCUUCACUUUGGAAGAUCACUACAGUAUGGAAAUCAAUUCAUAUAUCAGUCAAUGCCACGAAUGUUAUCACUAUGGCUUGAUUUUGGUGCUAAGGCAUUUGAAUGGGAAAAAGCUGGCCGUUCUGAUCGUGUACAGAUGAGAAACGACUUGGCUAAAAUAAAUAAGGUUAUCACAGAGCACACAAAUCAGUUAGCUCCCUAUCAAUUUUUGACUGCUUUUUCACAAUUGAUCUCUCGAAUUUGCCAUUCCUAUGAUGAAGUUUUUGUUGUCUUGAUGGAAAUAAUAGCCAAAGUGUUUCUUGCCUAUCCUCAGCAAGCAAUGUGGAUGAUGACAGCUGUGUCAAAGUCCUCUUAUCCAAUGCGUGUGAACAGAUGCAAGGAAAUCCUAAAUAAAGCUAUCCAUAUGAAAAAUUCUUUAGAAAAAUUUGUUGGAGAUGCAACUCGUCUAACUGACAAGCUUCUAGAAUUGUGCAACAAAUCGGUUGAUGGAAGUAGUUCCACAUUAAGCAUGAGCACUCACUUUAAAAUGCUAAAAAGGCUGGUAGAAGAAGCAACAUUUAGUGAAAUCCUCAUUCCUUUGCAGUCAGUCAUGAUACCUACUCUUCCAUCUAUUCCGGGUGCCCAUGAUAAUCAUGAUCCAUUUCCUGGGCACUGGGCCUAUAUUGCAGGUUUUGAUGAUACGGUGGAAAUUCUUGCUUCUCUUCAAAAACCAAAGAAGAUCUCUUUAAAAGGAUCAGAUGGAAAGUUCUACAUCAUGAUGUGUAAGCCAAAAGAUGAUCUGAGAAAAGACUGUAGACUAAUGGAAUUCAAUUCAUUGAUUAAUAAGAUAAUGAAAAUUAAACACCAUCCUCUGGGCCUGUGGACUUCACAUUUCAGUAAUAUCUAUAAAGCAAUAUGUUUAAGAAAAGAUGCAGAAUCUCGUAGACGAGAACUUCACAUCCGAACAUAUGCAGUUAUUCCACUGAAUGAUGAAUGUGGGAUUAUUGAAUGGGUGAACAAUACUGCUGGCUUGAGGCCUAUUUUGACCAAAAUAUAUAAAGAAAAAGGAGUAUAUAUGACAGGAAAGGAACUUCGCCAAUGUAUGUUGCCAAAGUCAGCAUCUUUAUCAGAAAAAUUCAAAGUAUUCCAAGAAUUUUUGCUUCCCAGGCAUCCUCCUGUUUUUCAUGAGUGGUUUCUGAGAACAUUUCCUGAUCCUACGUCAUGGUACAGUAGCAGAUCAGCAUACUGCCGUUCUACUGCUGUUAUGUCAAUGGUCGGUUAUAUCCUGGGGCUUGGAGACCGUCAUGGCGAAAACAUUCUUUUUGAUUCUUUGACUGGUGAAUGUGUACAUGUGGAUUUCAACUGUCUUUUUAAUAAGGGUGAAACCUUUGAAGUUCCAGAAAUUGUACCAUUUCGCCUAACUCAUAACAUGGUUAAUGGAAUGGGUCCUAUGGGAACAGAGGGUCUUUUUCGAAGAGCAUGUGAAGUUACACUGAGACUGAUGCGAGAUCAGAGAGAGCCUUUAAUGAGUGUCUUAAAGACUUUUAUACAUGAUCCUCUUGUGGAAUGGAGCAAACCAGUAAAAGGACAUUCCAAAGCGCCACUGAAUGAAACUGGAGAAGUUGUCAAUGAAAAGGCCAAGACUCAUGUCCUUGACAUUGAGCAGCGACUACAGGGUGUAAUCAAGACUAGAAAUAGAGUAACAGGACUGCCAUUAUCUAUUGAAGGACAUGUGCAUUACCUUAUACAGGAAGCUACUGAUGAAAAUUUACUAUGUCAAAUGUAUCUUGGUUGGACACCAUAUAUGUGAAAUAAAAUUAUGUAAAAAGUAUGCUAAAAAUCAAAUGAAUGUGUUUGUUAUAAA